GAAUUCACUUUCUAUACCUUUCACACUGUGAAAAUUAUUCUACUAGCUUCAACAUUGAACAGUACCUCUCGCCAAUCAAUUUCUAUUGUUCAUGUUUUAGUUUAGAAAUUUUGAAUUGUCGCAACGUAUAUCCGAGAAAAUCUUACAAUCCCAAUAAUAUACUAUCAAGCGCGUUCGCAAAGUCAACAUUUUCUUAAGUAGCUGCAAUUUUGCAUUGUACUGAAGUUCCCUCGAGAUUACUUGCAUCUUCCUUCGGUGAUUCUAUCUCGACAAUUCUACAACCCCGAACGCAUACAGAGACAGCUAUGUUUGGAAGUACUUUCGGUCAAAGCCAGCCAGCUGGCGGAGGUUUAUUCGGGUCAACAAACACCGCACAACCUUCAGGUGGUUUAUUUGGAUCUACAAAUACUGCGCAAAAGCCAGGAGGAUUGUUUGGCUCGACUACAACUACCGGAGCUCAAAAUCAGGGAGGAGGGCUCUUCGGCGGCGCGGGGCAAAAUACUCAACAAAAUCAACAACAGGCUAGUGGACUAUUCGGUGGAGGACUAGGAGCAAGCACUCAACAGAACCAGCCUCAAGCGGGAGGACUAUUCGGAGCAAAUGCACAACAGCCACAGCAGCAACAAACGGGAGGAUUAUUCUCUGGACAGACUAUGGGAGCGCAGCAGCAAGCGGCCCAGCAGCAGCAGCAGCAGCAACAGACUGGUUUAUUUGGGCAGACGCAAUCGUCGCAAGCUUUGGGCCAGUCACAAGGACAAUUUGGAAAUUCUUUGUUCACAAAUACAAACACAAAUGGGCUGAGACCUCGAGAAAAGAGUGUGAUAGACCAGAUUGAGACGGUUGUGGGUAAAUGGGAUACAGGAAGCAAGGACUGUGCCUUCCAAUAUUUCUUCUAUAAUAACGUUGGUGUGGACGAAGCACCAUUCUAUCAACCACAACCCAACGAAGACCCAAGAGCUUGGGAAGAAGCGCUUUCAAAAAAGCCAGGACCUGGAUAUAUUCCAGUCUCAUGUAUCGGUUUCCAAAUGAUGGGCGACAGGAUCAAAGCUCAGCAAAAUCAUCUUGCAGCAUUCAACAUUCGAUUACAUAAUAUCAAUGCUAGUUUGUCGAACCUACUUCAAAAUCACGACACGAGGACAAGUAUACGGGCAAUGGAUGCGAGAAGGAAACAUGUGGUCUUAAAACAAAGAUGCAUUGCAUUGGCGACUAAAGUGCAGGUUUUAAGAAACAGAGGCUAUGCGCUUAGUGGAGACGAGGAGGACCUGAAAGCUAAACUUAUCAAGAUAGAAAAGGGGGCUAGUGAUCCGGCACUGGGUGCCAGAGCAGAAGAGAUUUGGGCUCGAAUGAUCAACGUCCAAGAACGAGGUCGGUUAUUGAGGACGGAACUGGAGAAGGUUGGGCAAGAAAAUGGAGAGAUUUUGGACGACACCAUGACCGCGCGAUGCAAGAAGAUUCUCGAAGACUAUCAAACUCAAUUAGCACAUUUGAAAAAGGAGUUGGAUAGGGUACAUAAAGAUUAUGUCGAAUGGGAGAAAGAGCAGCCACCACAAAUAGCAGCGAGGACAAGAUUCGGCCGAUGAUUGAUGCGAAAUACCCAUGGUUAAUUUGAUCGGAAGUGCUUUAGACUUCAUGGAGUUGGUUGGGAUGUAAAAAAGGAUAGGCAUUGUAUAAUAUGGAAGCUUAAUUACAGACUAAUAGUAGUAAUUUCUCUUUCACCUCAAA